ACAUUUUAAAUCCCCACAGUGCCGUUCUGUCCUCCUACCUGUUGGGGGAGGUGCUGAACGUCGUCGGGAAGCUCGGCUGUCUGCUGUGCGUGCUGGGAAGCGUCCUGUUGGUCAUCCACGCCCCGCAGGAACAGGAAGUGACAUCACUGCAGGACAUGACCAGCAAGCUGCUGGAGCCCGGUUUCCUGGUGUACAUCUCAGCCGUCCUGCUGCUGUGCGUCGUGCUCAUCCUGUACUUCUCUCCUCGGGUCGGUCGCUCCAACAUCCUCGUCUACAUCAGCAUCUGCUCGCUGCUCGGAGCUUUCACCGUCUCCUCCGUAAAGGGCCUCGCCAUCGCCAUCAACACCGUGUUGUAUGAUAUUUCGGUGCUGGCGAGUCCGCUCACCUGGAUCCUGCUCUUCACGCUCAUCGUCUCCAUCGUCACCCAGGUGAACUACCUGAACAAGUCUCUGGACACCUUCAACACGCUGCUGGUCUACCCGAUCUACUACGUCCUCUUCACGUCCGUCGUCCUGUCCACGUCCAUCAUCCUCUUCCAGGAGUGGCGUAGUAUGGCGGCGGUGGACGUGGUCACAACGCUGGGGGCGUUCCUGGUCAUCGUGGUGGGCGUGGCCAUGCUGCACCUGUUCAGAGAGCUGCAGCUGACGAUGAAGCAGCUGACCAAUCAGCUGUCUCAGCCGGUGGAGAGGGAGGGGCUUGCAGACGAGAAUUCAGCCAAUGGACAACCAGCAGCAGGAGGCGGAGGACACAGGAACAAAAAGGAGGACAAAUAUGGACUGAUGGACAACAUGGUGAUAGAGAGUCUUCCUCCCAUGAGAGAGGACGGACCGAGAGUCUUCAUCAUCAGCUGAGAGACAGAAGACGAAGAGCGGAGACACAGGUUUGUGUUUCCUGUCUGGACCUUGUAGUUCAGAGCGGUCCGUGCUGUAGUCUUCGUACUGUCGGUCUGCGCGCACUUUUAAUUUUUAUUUAUGUUAGUUUUUUUAAGGCCUCUAGUUUGACGGGUCACCGUCGACGUCCGUGAAGGUCCUAAAACAGGAGUCCGUUUACUCCGAGUCACUUCCUGCCGCCAAAUAUCUGAUAUUUAAAAUUAAAAGCGUCCAAGAUGCUUUAAAGACUGAAGUCCAACUUUUCACACGUCCUCUGGAGGACAUCUGAGACACUUUGUAGCCGAACAGUCGCAAACCCAUAAAAACGACGUGGGCUUAAAAUGCCGUGAAAUAAAACGUUAGAGUUAGAAAAAAAGCCAAAAUUGUUUUUCUUUAGAGUUUUGGGUAAUUUUUUAAAGACUUUUGUUACAGAGAAAAAAAAAACUCUACAUUUUGUGUUUUAAUUUCUUCUGAAAGCUUCUGAGAAAUUUUAGGAGCUUCUUUCCUUUAUUUCGUCAUUUGGGAUUUGACGGAGAAUCGCGGCGUUCAGUUGUUGCUGAUUGUUUACGGCAGCGUGUCUCUGAAUAAAAACGACGCUGAAAAUCGUCUGAUGAUGUGAACAAAAGAGCCACCUGAAACCCGCUCUGA